GUGAAAUGUAUAAAGAGAAAAGCAUUUCGUAAAGGAUCAUACCAAUUAGCUAUUCUUCGAUUCGAUUCGGAAAAGCAAAACCCGUGUCCUCAGCUCCGUGCAGCAGAACUCAACGGACUAAGAUGGCGCCUCUCAGCUAUCCUUUGUGCAUAUUCACCGUGGCGGUCACCCUUUGCGAGUGCGCGCACGUCCUGACGAAGAGGAGCUUCGUCCAACAGGGAUGCAUGGGAAUGUUUGACCGCUCCAAGUUUGCCCGUCUCGACUCAGUCUGUGAAGAAUGCUACGAGCUGUACCGAGAGCCCGACGUUUCAGUCAUAUGCAGGUCAGAAUGCUUCAAAAACAGAGUCUUCCAGAAGUGCGUUAAUGCUCUUUUGCUCCAAGACGAACAAGAAGAACUAAACAACUCAGUUGAGCAACUCUACGGACGGAGAAAAUAAAAACAUUGCACCAUUUGAACAUUCUUAUUAGGAAUAUGGGGCCAUUCAUUAAUUACGUAAGGGUCCCGAGGGGGAGGGGGAUGGAAAAAUCUACAUACCCUUACUUAGGGGGGGGGGGCAAACCCAUUCUUACGUAAUAUAUUCCAAGUCGAUAUUUUAAAUCAGAAAUAGCGUGGUCUAGCGGUUUGGCAGGGAUUAUAUUUCAUUUGCGUUUGGCAGGUAAAAAAGUAUUAGGGUGAGCUAUUCUUUAUUUGUUUUACAAAGAAUGAAUAGUGUAUAAUAUAAUAAAAGAAUCGCACUCUGUAUGGUAUGUUUUAUUUUUAAUUGGUAUCGCAUUAAAUGCAAAAAAUUGUCUAAAAAACAUUCAAUCUCGAUUCCAACUUUUUAGUAAACAUUUCUUCACACAAAAAAGGUUUAAUGUAAUAAUGGGGAAUUAAGUAACGAUUCCAGUGAUGUAAGAUUUGUUAUUUUAUUAAGUCGAAAAACCAAAUGGAAUCUUACGUAAGAAUAGGGGGGGGGGGGGGUUGAAAAAUCUUACGUACCCUUACAUGGGGAGAGGGAGAGUCAAAAAUUGCCAGAAUCAUACUUACGUAAUUAAUGAAUGGCCCCCUAUGCACUUUGAAGAGCUUAAAGUUGCGUUCAUUUUUUUUAACGCACUUUGUUUCAUUCAUCCCUUUUUAUUUUGCACUAUAUUUGUUGAGAUUAUUUAUAUUCACGAAGACACGGCGGUGAAAUGUCAUGUUGUGACGCCAUUCAUCCCGUGUCGCUCAUUGGCCAGAACAUUCAUUUAUCUGUGUUAUUUAUUGAACCACACCUUUAUUGUUUUUGGAUUUUGAAUAGGAGAAGAAAUAUUAUACUAUUUUAUAUAUAUCUGUGAUUUUGUCGUCAAAUGAAUAAA